UUCAGUAUAGGUACAUCCCAUCGCGUACAGCAAUACUUAGCGUUUCUAAUUUUUUUUACGUAUUCGCAUUUUUCCACUUUGCGCUGCUCGUUGUCGGGAUGUUGUACGGACUCGAUUGUUGCCUGCUAGACGAGAACUUGUCUCGCAAAAUAAUUGCCAAAGAUGUGCGACUUGCUUCCCUGUUAUCGAGCAUGGGGCACAUGGGACCACUCGCUCCCAUUCCCGGAGCACAAAACUUCAUAGAACUGGCUAGUCAAGGAUUUUCACCUUUGCCUCCACCUAUGUCACUACCUGGUAUGAACGAUUCACCGCUUGAGUUCAACGCUAAUAAAAAUCAACCCUGUGUUCGUGAAAGUACAGAAGAUAACGAUAGGAGAAGUAAUAAGAAUGAAAACAGAAGAGACCGUGACGGUAGAGACAGCCGUGAUAUUGGCAGAAGGUCAAGAGGAGAUCGUGACAGACGAGAUAGAGACAGAAGAGAUGAAAGGCUUGACAGGGAUCGCAGGGAGGACAGACGAUCUAACGACCCGGAAAACAUGAUUUCAUCUACAAACAGUAGUAAUCUCAGCAGCAACAGUAGCCAAGUAAGUUCAACGUCAAAUCCAACGGCAAAUAGUACUCCAAACCUUGGACCUCCAUUGGAAGCAUCUGCGGGAGUUUGGGGUAUGGGUUUAGGUUACCCAAUGAUGGGAAUGGGACCCAUGGGCACAGUUGGACCUCUAAUGGGGGACAUACCUCUUGGCCCUCAUAUGGGACAUGCUCAUGGCUUUGGACCCAUGGGGAUGGGCAUGAUUUCUCACGAAGGGCCCAUGAUGGGACCCCCAAUAUUGAGUCCAGGGCAAAUUAUGAGCGAAGCUGCCAUAAUCAACGGAACGUUACCGCAACCUGCCAUGCAGGGUACCAAAGAAAUUAUUCACUGCAAAAGCUGCACGCUGUUUCCACCAAACCCCAACGCUCCGUCUCCGACGACGAGAGAAAGACCACCUGGAUGUAGGACGAUAUUCGUUGGAGGACUACCAGAAGUCAUAACCGAAAGUAUUAUUCAAGAAAUAUUCGAGCGCUGCGGUGAAAUAACGACAUUGAGGCUAUCAAAAAAAAAUUUUUGUCACAUUCGUUUUGCAGUAGAAAGUAGUGUUGAUGCGGCAAUUUAUUUGUCUGGCUAUCGAGUGCGCAUAGGGUCAAAUGGGGAGCCUUCACAUACCGGUAGAUUACAUGUAGAUUUUGCUCAGGCCCGAGACGAUCAGUACGAAUGGGAAUGUAGGCAGCGUCAAUUGCAACGAGAGCAAAGACACAGAGAACGAGUCGAAAAGGAAAGGCAAAGACCACCAUCUAGUCCGCCACCGGUGGUUCAUUAUAACGAUCACGAAGCUUCAAAUAUAUGCGAAAAAAUAAAACAGGAAGACACAUUUAUGAAAGCUGUGCAAAUCGUUAUUACGUGGCUUGAACGUGGAGAUUGUACAAAACGGAACGCCAAUACCUUUUACUCAAUGAUUCAGUCAACAAACUCUCAUGUCCGACGACUUCUGACAGAAAAAGUCACGUACGAAGAAGAGCUUCAAAAGGCCAAAGAACUAAUGCAGGGCAGGAUGCAGGGAUUGCUCAUUCAGUUCAAUCAAAUUGGACGGGUGUUUACUGCCGCCAGCCACAAGAAGGUUUGGGAUCACUUCACCAAGGCACAGCGAAAGAACAUUGAGAUGUGGAAGAAACAGUCCUUGGAAAUCAAAUCCAUCCAAUUGGAAGCGUCUGCAAUGGAAGGAGAAGAUGAAAUGGAAGUUUCUGACUUGGAAGAUGAACCUCAGCGGAAAAAAGUUCGCAACGAUCAAAUGGUCAAUGAAGACGCCGAAAGACUGCAAUCGGUGAAAGAAGAGAAUGACAGUUUGCGGUGUCAAUUGGAGGCAUAUAAAAAUGAGGUAGAUCUGUUGAAAUCUGAAACAAAAGUAGAAAUCGAAGCCAAAGAAAAACAAAUGAAAAUGUUACAACAAACGUUCAAAGGAAUGCAAGAGCAGCUAAUGCAGUCGAGAAAGCAACAAGCUCAGGAUGAUCAAAAAAUCAAAGAUUUAAUGGUCAAGCUAAAUUUCGCGAAAAAAGAACAACCUGAAGAAAGCGAAGUCAUUACGUUGGAUAAGGACGACGAUGACGAUAUCAAUGAUGAACAGGGUACGCCAAAGUCGGUCGUUACAUCGUCUGGAUCAGUUCAAAUCACUCAAAAAGAUGCUAAAUUGAUUGGAUUAAUCGCAACGUUCUUACAUAUCCAUCCCUUUGGUGCGAGUCUGGACUAUGUCUACUAUUACCUACAAAAAAUGGAACCAGGACUUCGAAUCAACGAAGUUGAAUCUCUAAUGCAGCGAUUCCCACUAGUGUUUAAGCAGGAAUUGUCGGGAAUUGGCGCAAACAUGGAGAGGCGCUGGCAGUUUUCGGGUUUUAAUAUUUCUUCAAGUUUUUAAACAAGUCAUCACUUAGUUGUUAUUUUAUAUGUAAACAAAUUGUUGUGAUCUAUGUAUAGCUUUGUCAUAAUUUCAAAGUAAUGGUUGUCAUAGAACUUUUGUCGCAAGCGUUUUAAACUAUUGGAUCAAUUUUUUUUUUAUGCUGUGAAAUUAUUGUUUGUUAAUUUUUUUUAUCCAGCCUACAAUUUUUAGUAAGGUUGCCAUUAUAAAUGUUGUUUUUAUUAAAAAAUAAAUUUUUUACU